UUGCUUACUGUGUUGUUCGAAAAAUGCGAACUGGCCACAUCAACUCCUCGAGAUCAGAAUCGUGAUGGCACGUCUAGUAAUGACGUUUGUUCUUCCAAUUCUUUCAAGGAAGACCUUGCUGAGUUCGUGAAAAUGGAAAACACGUUUUAUGUUCCGAAUCGCGAGCUGGACAAUCUUAUGUUACAAUCGAUUCAAAUGCUUCGUUUUCAUUUGUUGGAGUUGGAAAAGGUUCACGAGCUAUGCGAUAAUUUCUGUAACCGUUACGUGACGUGUCUGAAAGGAAAGAUGCCGAUGGAUAUCGUUGGCGACGAACGAGCUUCCUCGUCUCAGCCACCGAUGUCUCCCGGAUCCACUGCGCAAUCGGCUAGUCCCAGCAUGGGCACACCGAUGAGGUUAGGACCGUCUAUGAACUACCCGCUACCCUCACAGCCGGGGCACCCUUUAGCGAUGGGCGGGACGUCACCCUCGGCGGCUGGGACGUCCCAAACCCUACCCAUGCAAGUCGUCAAUAGUCCUAGCAGGUGCGCCUUAAUGAAAUAUUCAAGAACAAAAAUAGAUGAUUUACUGGACUGUUCGAAUAUAAUUCAUUUCUGCGAUGAACUGUUAUCGCUGUGCGGUUCUAAUGAGGAUGGUCGCGAAAGUGUACUGAGCGACGGUCAGAACGGAUCUAUAAACGGACACAAACGUAAAGUGCCGAAGGUGUUCUCGAAAGAGGCAAUCACCAAAUUUCGCGCGUGGCUAUUCCAAAAUCUCACGCAUCCAUAUCCGUCAGAGGAGCAGAAAAAGCAGCUCGCUAACGACACGGGUCUCACUAUACUACAGGUUAAUAACUGGUUCAUCAACGCACGACGUCGCAUCGUACAACCGAUGAUAGAUCAAAGUAAUCGGGCCGGCCGAGCUCCAGCCGUGAGCGUAUUCAAGAACCGAAGGAGGAACAGGAGCGACCAGAGCCCUGGACCCAGCCCAGAUCUCGGCGCUGGCUACUCCCCGGACGCGGCUGCCGCCGUCACGAUGCCGAUGGCGUAUCCUGGAGCCGACAUUUACAACAUGCAGCGGACUAUGUUCCCUGCGGCACCAUACAGCGCCUUUCCGAACCCGUAA